AUGACACUAAGGACCUUAUCUAGUUACGAAAGAAAAAUUCUAGAUGAAACGAUACGUCGAGAAAGAAACGGCGUCAUUUUCACAGCCUCCUAUUCUGCUUCCUCUGAAGAGUGGGGCGAUGAUACUACUUUACUGACUUUGAAAGAUUCAAGACCUACUAUCGCCAUUCUUACCAAAGCAAUCCAGAGGUUGAUAUCCAGGCAUGUGGAAUUAUUCACUACAAUCAAUGAAAAUUAUGAAUUUGAGAUCCUAAAAUCUAUUAAAAAAGAUGAUAUAUUGAAUAUACUAGAAUUCGAUAGUUAUAAAGACGAAAAGAUAAAUUGUCACAACGGUUGUCCGCCAUAUUUAUUAAGGCAUAUUUUUGAUAAUAAUCGAUUUGUCCCUGGGUCGAAAAAGCCAUUAUGGUCCUUACAUAUCAUCGAUGAAUCACUUGUCAUAUUUCAUGGUCAGGAUAUGUUAUUUGAUAUUUUUUCUGCCGCUAAUUUCCACAAAUUGCUUCUAAAAGAAACAAAUAUUGUUGCCAAUGAGCCUUUGGACUCAUCAGAGAGUGAUAUUAUAUUCUCUUUAGAGAAUUCUAUCAAGAAAAUAAAUAAUUUAAAGCUUUCUAAAUCGAUAUAUGAUAAUCCUAGGAUUCAUUUACCUGCUACGUCACCAGAUUUAUUCAAUUUACAAACACAAUCCUUCUUCAAAUCAGUUUUCCAUAGUACUGUGAAGAAACCAAUCCAUUAUUUGGUAGCUAAUGUUAGAACAAAGGAAGUUACCUCGGACAAUACAUUGUCAAGGGUCACGACCGUUCAAAAAUAUACAGAUAUCUUUGAUUAUAACACAACAUUGAACAAUACCACUGUUUUCGGCAAGAUAACAAGACAAAGAUAUGAAUAUCUCAAUUCCUUAAUCACAAAUCAACGCAUAUGUUUCAAAUCUUUCAUGGUGGGAAUUAUCAUGCUAUGUUUAAAGCCAUCUAUUGAAAACUUUGAAGGUUCUAUGAAAUUUUCUAUAGUGAUAAAUCUAAGGCCAUUUUUGAAAGAAUCUAAUAUUGAAUUUGGACUUUUUUAUAAAGAUGUCCUAAUUGAUGUACCCUUGUCUUUGAUCGAUGACAACGCAGUAAUGUUGAGUGGUUAUAGAGAUUUUAGCGACAACGAUCCAGAUUUAACAGAAAAAAUACUAGAAUUUCAAUUCAAACGAGUCACUUCCCUUGUUAAAGAUCUCAUUGAAAGGAGAAUAUCGAAGUUUUCUACGAUGGGCUUCAAUGAUGAUGAUAUUAGACAAAUGAAAUAUGGUAAACCGGCUGAGGACACCAAGAUAAUAAGGCUCUUUGAUACUUCAGAAGUUAGCCUAGGUAGUGGCAAGAGGGACGGAAAGUAUAUUCUGCAUAAUACAAACUUCACCAAAAGCCUUCGAAAAAAUGAUUUCUUUUCAGUAUCAUAUACUCUCUGCGAUAACUCAGGAUUGAACCUCUGCCUCCAAUUUCCUGAUGAUUGUGACAUGGAAGCAUUUGUCGAGUGUUUUCAAUCUUUUAUUGAAUAG